GAGAAGAAUAUAUUUUGAGAGUUUAUUUGAGGAGAGAUCUGAUCGGAUAAGGAUGGUGAGAUUAAGUCUCCUACUUCUACUGGUCCUCUGGCUCUCCUGUUCAGCCUCCUCAACGCUGCUGGGAUGGGUGGAGUCUCCGGGGUAUCCCAGGGGAUACCCAUCUCAUGCCAGCUUAAACUGGUCACGGUGUGCCCCCGCUGGUCACACGCUCUCCAUGAGGCUCAUCCACCUUGACCUUGAGGACAGCCAAAACUGUAAAAACGAUGCUGUGAAGGUCUUCUCAAAUGGAAACCUAAUUUAUGUUUUGUGUGGGAAAAGAGAAGCAGAGGAACUUGAGUCCACAGUGAAUCCCAUGCUCAUUUCUUUCCCGGGUGGCUGCCUUAAGCUUUUGUUCAACUCUGAUUACUCAAACAUCAAGAGGCACACUGGCUUCAGAGGGUUCUACAGCAUCCAAGACUUUGAUGAGUGUAUGGGCGACCCAGACAACAGAUGCACCCAGUUUUGUCACAAUUUCAUUGGAGGGUACAGAUGCUCCUGUCACCAUGGUUACCACCUCGCCAAGGACAAACACACUUGCUCUGUGAGCUGCAACAAGGAUCUGAUGGGGUUGAACAGAGGUGACAUAUCCAGUCCCGCCUGGCCCCGUUCGUAUGCAGAGAACGCCAACUGUCGGUACAGCCUGUCUGUGGAGGAGCACCUCCAGCUGGAGCUGCACUUCAACGAGGUUUUCGAUGUGGAACAAAGUCCUGACGGACAAUGCAUAGAUGCACUGACGAUCGAGACCCAAUCUGGGAUUCUGGGACCAUUCUGUGGCCAAACUCCUCCCCCGUCUCCCCUGCCCACUCACUCGAAUAACAUUAAAAUCGUCUUCACCUCCGACAGCUUUGGCACCAACAAAGGCUUCAGCCUCAACUUCAAGACCAGAGACAAGGUCUGUAGAGCAUCCGUGACCUCCAACUCCCGUGUGACUCCAGAGAAAAAGGAAUACAAUCGUGGCGAGACAGUGAUAGUAACUUGUGAUGCUGGUUAUUUAGUGAACAUUACUAAGCCAAACACAGAGGACCUGCCACUGCAGUAUGAGACAACCUGCCAGAGCUCAGGCACAUGGUCUCCCAGUCACACCUGUGAACUUGUGGAUUGUGGUUUGCCUGAGAUCAACGAUGACAGUAUCCUCCAGCUAAAGAUGUCAGCUAACCAAAAAACUCAGUAUAAGGACCAGAUCCAAUUUCACUGCCCUUCUGAUUAUUAUGUAUUGGAAGGAGAUGACACAUAUAACUGCAGUGCCAGUGGGGAAUGGGUGUCAUCCAAGGACAAGUCAGAGAUGCCAAAAUGCACAGAAGUGUGUGGGAUGCUUGAAAAUUACACACCAAGUGCAGGCAGAAUUUUGGGAGGUAAAAAUGCAAAACUGGGAGAAACACCAUGGCAACUUCUGAUAAAAGAUCCAAAAAGAGGAGGAGCAUCACUGAUAAAUGACCGAUGGGCUGUCACAGCAGCUCAUGUUGUCGACGGCCUUGAGGAAAUCACCUUAAACCUUUAUGGUGGACUGGUAGAUGGAAUGAAGUCAUCUGAUCCGGGUGUAUCUGUCCUCAACAGUGAGAAGAUCAUUAUUCAUCCUGACUACGAGAGGGGGAUACCCCUUGCUAAACAACGAACAAAUUAUGAUAAUGAUAUUGCUCUUAUUAAAAUGACCUCCAGAGUGAAGUUUGGCCCAAACCUGCAACCCAUUUGUCUGCCAGAGGGGGACAGAGGUGUGAUUGAAAAUCUGCAAGGAACUGUGUCAGGCUGGGGUUGGAUAGAGAGGAAGGGAAAGCCAAAGAUGGAUUCUUCACAAAAGGGACAUAUGGCACGCCUCUUAAAAUAUGCUCAUAUUUCAGUUUACUCUCAAGCUGAAUGUAUGGACACACCCAUCACAUCAACUGGAAUAGCCAUGUCUUUUACUGAUAACAUGUUCUGUGCAGGAGCACCAGGGAAAGACAGUUGCGCCGGAGACAGUGGAGGUCCCCUUGUUGUGCCAGGGCUGUCAACAAGUGCAGGUCCUUAUUAUUUGAAUGGCAUUGUGUCUUGGGGAGCCCCCUGUAUGGAUCAACAGAACAACAACAAGGGUUAUUACACCAAGGUGGAGAAUUAUGUAAGAUGGAUUAAAGAGAAAAUUCAGAUGGAAGAACAACUUGAGAAAAAAAUAAGGGCAUAAACGCUUUGCUACUAAUCACAAUAACAAAAUCCAUGAAAGAACUGAUGCAGAUUUACAACUAACAAUGCUUGUGAAGACAAACAUGAUAAAUUCAUAAUUCACUUUUCCAUUAAAGAUGACAUUUUCCAAUCAUGUGCACAACAUGCCUUUAUUAAUGAAACACAUUUUCCUGGAGGUGUUCUCGCUGUUCUGGUCUAAAGGAAAUACAGCCAUAUACUGUUUAUGAACACUUUUUAAUGAAUGCUGUAACUAUUUGAAAUGUCUCCCACUAUCACUUCUGCAUAUGCAUAACAUACGUAUAAUAAAGCACACAUUUGUGACC